UGGCUGGGUGAAAACCAGAGUUUGUGCCAUCCAGAGCAGCAGAACAUGAGCAAAAAUCAUCCUCAGUGCCACGAGAGGUCAAAAUCUUCCUGAAAGAGCCUUUGCUGCUGCCCAGCCUUUUUCCCUGAGUUUGUGGUAAAAAUCCCAGGAGAGGCAAGUUCCACCUUUGGCCAUUCAAACCCAUCUUGGUGACACCUUUUUGAUGCAGAACAUCUCCUCAGAGGAGCUGCUGAGCGUGGGGAAGGAGGAGAAGAAGAAGAAGAAGAAGCAGCAGCAGAGAGCAAAGGGAAAAUGUAGAAGUGGCUGUGGUCAGAGGGGUGAUGAUGUCACCGGGCUCAGCGGGAACACUGAGCUUUUAAAAAGCUGAAAGAAACAUCCUGACCCUCACUUGUCACAUCCCCACCCAGGAGCCACACACACACACACACAGAGCAGAGCUAUCCUCAGCCAGGAAAGGGGAAAAGCUCCAUCCCACCACAGAAUGCACUGGCAAAAAUCUUCUGCCCCAGAGCAGCAGCCACAGCCUCGCCCCUACCAAGGUGUCCGAGUGAAGGAGCCAGUGAAGGAGCUGCUGAAGAGGAAAAGGGGGAAUGUCCAGAAUUCCAGUGCAACUGCAGCUACAACGGUUGUUCUGCCCCAUCAGCCAGUCCCUUCCUACUCACCCAUGGGCCAGCCUUGCAUUGACAUGGACACUGCUGCCCCUGCUCUGCCUGGCCCAGAGGAAGGAGCUGUGGCCUCUGGCUGGAUGCCCCAGGCCCCUGGCACCCCCCUGCAGCCCCUGGCUCAGUGGAGCCCUUACCCUGACUACGUGUCCCACGAGGCUGGCAGCUGUCCCUACUCAGCAGAUAUGUACGUCCAGCCCGUGUGUCCCAGCUACACCCUGGUGGGACCCUCCUCUGUCCUCACUUACACUUCCCAGCCUCUCAUCACCAAUUUUGCACCCCGCAGCAGCGCCCCGGCCGUGGUGCCACCGCUGGAGGUGACGGAGCAGCAGCCGCCCCUGCCCUACUUCCCGUGGGCACAGCCCCUGUCUGCCCUGCCAGCCUCCAGCCUGCAGUACCCUGCAGCCUCCUCCUCCUUCCCCGGGCCCCAGCUGGUGCCCGUGCCCAUCUCCAUCCCCGAGCCAGCCCCGCAGGAGCUGGAGGAUGCCCGGCGAGCCAUCGGCGCCCUGCCCAUGGAGAAGCUGCUGCUGGAAGAUGAGGACAAUGAUACGUACGUGUUGAGCCAUGCUCUCUCUGUUGAAGGGCUUUAGGUGGCACCUCUGCCUGCUCCUCAGCUGCUCAGUGCUCCCCCCAGCAGCUCCGUGGGCUUUGAAGCAGGCAGGGUGGGGUGGGGGUUUUAGCACGCCGUGAUUUGUGUGGUGAGGGAAAUUUGCUUUGUCCUGGAGCCCGGCACAAGGUUCCUCUGCUGUUCCAGCUCCUGCUGCCUGUCCCAGGCAGGUUUGGAUGCUGCACACUUGUGCUCAGCACCAGCACAAGGUGAUUUUCACCCCAAUGGCCUCAAAAUGACAGAUUCCAGUGUAGCCACAGCCAGCUGUAGCAUUUGGUGAGGGUACAAUAGUCUCUAAAUACCAGCAAACCCAAUUCAGUAGGGUUGCUUUUGUGCAAAUGCAUUGUUUGUGUGUUUUUGAGCUGUCCAGGGAGGAGCUCAGCAGAUUUAGGCCACUAGAAAACAUUGGGGUGGGCCUAAAUUUACAUUUUUCUCUCUUAAAUUUUACUAUUCCUUUGGAAAUCAGGAAAACAUAAAGUGUGGCUGUGUUCUGCUGGCGCAGGUAGGUGCAGCAGUGUGAAAAUAAAGCUGAGCUAAAUGCCAGAGCAGUCAGAGGUCCCUGUUUGCAGAGCAGGAAUUCACACCAAGCUGUACCUGGAAGCUCUCUGCCCCUUGGCUGCCCCUGAGCCCAGCUCUGCAAGGGUUGGGGUCAUGUUCUCUCAGCUGCAGAGGGUUUGGGGCUCUGAAAUAUCCAGAUUGGAGCUGUGGGGCUGAUUUAGUGGCUGCCUGGAAACGCUGCCAGUGGCAGAUCCUGUCCCUGUGAAGUCUCUGGAGUUUUGUCUGAGUCAGGACUGAAUUCAUGGCCCUAGCUCAGGGCAUCCUUGACAAGACAGGGACCUUCCAGAGCCUGGACUGCAGCCCAGCAAGGACUCCAUGGCAUUGCUGUCAUCUGCCAAUGGUUUUGCUUUUCUGUAGCUUUGAGUGUGAUGUGCUGAGCCAGGGAACUUUAGUGACCUCUCCUUGGGAAGCUCCCCAGGCCCAGAGGUGCACACGAGUCCUUUAUGGCUUUCUGAUUUCCUUCCCUGGAGAAUGAGCAGCUUCACUUUUCCCUCUGAUGUGAGUGUCAAUAUUUUGGUUGAGGCUCAGGGGUGCCACAGGCAAAUAUACUGAUCUGUUUCAGGAGGUACAUCCCCUUUGAACCCUGUUUAUUGCUUUCCUGACAAACAAGAGGCUCUUGGCUGCUGAACACAAUUUCUCUGGGUUUUUCUGCUUUCUAAAGCCCAGGAUUGUUGGAUGAUUUUAUUAUUUGCAAGACUAACUGCAAAAUUAUUUCUUGUACUCUUUAUUACCUGGAGUCCAGCUGCCACCCAGGCAAUAUUUCAGGUGGCCUUAGAGUUCAAGCCUGAGUGAGGUUUGAAAACCCAGGUUGAAAGUCUUAAAGACUUUCCAAGAGUAUUUUUUUAUUGCACAUUGACCAACGUGAAGACACGAGCACUAGAUCAUGUAAGUGAUCAUAAAAUUGUUGGAAAAGAGCAGCAGUUGAGGUUUGCAUUGAAAUUAGUGGCUUAUAUUUGCAGAAAAACCCAGCAAAGAAAUUCAUUUAAAGGAGCUUAAUUCACCACUGCUUCCUCCAGUUUUAUGAAAAUCAGAGAUAUUCCCUAGGUAAAACUGGGAUAAAGCAGUUGUGGAUCAAGCCCGUGGUUGCUCUCAUUGCUUUUCAAUUCCUUUCACUCCAGUGUAUGUAAAUUCUGUGUGUGGACAUAAAACAAAGAUGAAACUGUUUCAUCAUUUCUUUCUGGGUUGUUCUGGUUAGGAAAAAAAAGACAAUUUAAUUUUUUUUUCAAUAAAGAUCUACAGUAACUUU